CACCGCAGCACCAGCGGCGCGGCAGCAGCAAGGAGACUGGGGCUGGGAUUGCGCAGCCUCCCUGCAUUAGCAACGAUGCCAUUGUAUUAGCAGAAAGCAGAUUUUAGGAAAUCGGCCCAGUUCCCCCUGUGUGGUCCCGUGGAACACUGCCUCAGCUGGAACUGUCGAGGUAGAGCUUGGUCGGAGUGCAAAAGGAACAGAAGCCUCCGGGUCCAGCUCAAGGCUCCUUACAGAGGUGCCAAGCUCUCCUGAUGAAAUGUGUUCUGCCCCACUGGGCUUCGGGGGCAGUGUCCGGUGCUGUUGAUGCCCUUGUUCGAACUUUCCAGAAUGGAUAGUCCCCCAAAGCUGACUGGAGAAACCCUCAUCGUCCACCACAUCCCCCUUGUGCACUGUCAAGUCCCAGACAGGCAGUGCUGUGGAGGGGCAAGUGGUGGUAGUGGGAGCACAAGAUCCAAUCCCUUCUGCCCUCCUGAGCUGGGCAUCACCCAGCCUGAUCAAGACCUAGGACAAGCUGACUCCCUGUUAUUCAACAGUCUGCACUCUGCCUCCGGGGGAUCUGUGCGGUCUGCAGAUGGCACCAAGGGUAGGGGUUGGGAGGGAAGAGGCCCUGCAGCACCCAAACGACACAAUCCCUUCUUGCUACAGGAGGGUGUGGGUGAGCCAGGACUUGGUGACGUGUAUGAUGACAGCAUUGGUGACAUUGGCACCCAGAAGUCCUUCCACUUGCAUGGUACUAGCCAGCCCACCUUCCAUCUAUCCUCUUUUCAGCUGCCACCGUCUGGCCCUGGAGUGAACAGGCCAUGGGGGGCAACACGCAGUCGGGCUGGAGUGGUAGAGGGGCAGGAACAGGAGCCAGUGACGACGCUGGAUACCCAGCCAUGCAUUGCCAGCCACUGCUGCCGGCCAGAGCCUGAAGCUGAGACCAUGGAGCUGGAUGAGUGUGGUGGACCUGGUGGGAGUGGCAGUGGAGGUGGAGCCAGUGACACCUCUGGCUUUUCUUUCGACCAGGAAUGGAAGCUCAGUUCAGAUGAAUCCCCAAGGAACCCCAGUUGCUCAGGCUCCAGAGCCCAGCACUGCCGCUGCAGCAGCACAUCCAGUCAGUCCGAGGCGGCUGACCAGUCCAUGGGCUAUGUGAGUGACUCCUCCUGCAAUAGCUCAGAUGGAGUGCUGGUCACCUUCAGCACCCUCUACAACAAGAUGCAUGGCAACUCCCGGGCCAAUCUCAACUCUGCCCCACAUUCCUGCAGCGACUCUUCCUUCUGCAGCCAUUCAGACCCUGGCGCCUUCUACCUGGACCUUCAACCCUCCCCAGCUGAGUCUAAGAUGUCUUGUGAGUCCCACCACCCUGAAAGUGGAGGAAGGGAAGGGGGCUACGGUUGUCCUCAUGCCUCAUCUCCUGAGCUUGAUGCCAACUGCAACUCCUACCGCCCACACUGUGAGCCCUGCCCAGCUGUAGCUGACCUCACAGCCUGCUUCCAGAGCCAGGCCCGUCUUGUGGUGGCCACACAAAAUUACUAUAAACUUGUUACCUGUGACCUGUCUUCUCAAUCAUCCCCAAGCCCUGCUGGCUCUUCCAUCACCAGCUGCUCCGAGGAACACACCAAGAUCAGUCCCCCACCAGGCCCUGGUCCAGAUCCAGGCCCCAGCCAGCCCUCUGAGUAUUACCUAUUCCAGAAGCCAGAAGUCCAGCCAGAGGAACAAGAAGCAGUGGGUUCCUCAGCAGAAGCAGCGACUGCUGCCAGCCCUGCUGUACUUGAGGGGCAAGUGUACACGAAUACUUCGCCUCCCAACAUUGGCACUGGACGUCAGCGCUCUCGCAGCUAUGAUCGCAGCCUGGAGCGCAGCCCUCCCAUGCGCCUGGGCUCACUGGAACGCAUGUUGAGUUGCCCAGUACGCUUGAGUGAGGGCUCUGCAGCUCUGGCCGGGCCCAGCUCCCCACCAAGAAGGGUCACCUCCUUUGCUGAGCUGGCCAAGGGCCGGAAGAAAGCUGCAGGCUCUGGCUCCCCGCCACUUCGGGUGAGCGUUGGGGACUCCUCCCAGGAGUUCUCACCCAUCCAGGAAGUGCACCAAGACAGGGUGGGCCCUCCAGAUGAGGGCACUCGCUGCAGCCAUAGCUUACCACCCAUGCCCUUGGGGCCAGGCACAGACCUACUUGGCCCAGAGCCCUGGUCCACCCAGGUCUGUCAGGGGCCCCAGUCCAGUGAGAUGCCACCUACUAGCCUCAGAGCUGCUGGGCAAGGCCCCCUGACCCAGCUGAUGGAUCCAGGGCCUGCUCUCCCAGGGAACCCAGCCAACGGACAUACUCAGAGGGAUGCAAGAGCUAGAGCUGACGGGGGUGGUGCUGAGAGCCGACCAGUCCUUCGCUACAGCAAGGAGCAGAGGCCAACCACGCUGCCCAUCCAGCCCUUCGUGUUCCAGCACCACUUCCCCAAGCAAUUGGCCAAGGCCCGGGCCCUGCACAGCCUUUCGCAGCUCUACAGCCUCUCGGGCUGCAGCCGUGCACAGCAGCCUGCUCCACUGGCUGUCCCCACUGCUCAAGUCCCAAACCCUGCUUCCUCAGGGGAGCCACAGGCAUCCACCCCCCGAGCCCCUGGCAGAGGUGCCAGGAAAGCUGGGCCUGAGCCGGAGACCUCACGGCCAUCGCCCCUGGGCAGCUACUCCCCCAUCCGGAGUGCUGGCCCCUUUGGGCCCAGCACUGACUCUUCUGCAUCUACUUCCUGCUCCCCUCCCCCGGAGCAGGCAACAGCCACUGAAAACCUACCCCCAUGGAACCGCUCUUGUCCUCCCGUUGUCCGGCCUACUACCUCCCAGCAGCCACAGGAGGAUCAGAAGACACUGACCUUGGCUGAGUACCGACUCCAUGGGACAGGAAGCUUGCCACCUCUGGGCUCCUGGAGAUCUGGCUUCAGCCGAACAGAGAGCCUGGCCCGAGGAGGUGGUGAGGGCAGCAUGGCCUCCAGGCCCAGUAACGCGAACCACCUAUCCCCUCAAGCCCUCAAGUGGCGGGAAUACAGGAGGAAGAACCCACUAGGACCACCUGGUUUGUCAGGGAGCCUAGACCGAAGGCCACAGGAAGCUCGGCUGGCCCGAAGGAACCCCAUCUUUGAGUUCCCUGGCUCCCUCAGUGCUGCUGGCCAUCUGAACUGCCGGCUGAAUGGUCAAGUAGUGAAGCCAUUACCACUGACCUGCCCAGACUUCCAAGACCCCUUUUCCUUGACUGAGAAGCCUCCGGCUGAGUUUUGUCUGUCCCCAGAUGGCAACUCAGAGGCCAUUUCCAUUGACCUGAUACAGAAAAAAGGGCUGAUAAAAGCUGUUAACACUGCUGUGGAUCUCAUUGUGGCCCAUUUUGGCACAAGCCGGGAUCCUGGGGUAAAGGCAAAGCUGGGGAACAGUUCUGUGAGCCCCAAUGUAGGCCACCUGGUUCUGAAGUACUUGUGCCCUGCGGUCCGGGCCGUGCUGGAGGAUGGGCUCAAGGCCUUUGUACUAGAUGUCAUCAUUGGGCAACGUAAGAACAUGCCAUGGAGUGUGGUUGAGGCUUCUACACAGCUAGGUCCAUCCACCAAGGUCUUGCAUGGCCUCUACAACAAAGUCAGCCAAUUCCCAGAGCUCACCAGUCACACCAUGCGCUUCAACGCCUUCAUCCUCGGCCUGCUCAACAUCCGGUCCCUGGAGUUCUGGUUUAAUCACCUCUAUAACCAUGAAGAUAUCAUCCAGACCCACUACCAGCCCUGGGGCUUCCUGAGUGCAGCUCACACUGUGUGCCCUGGCCUCUUUGAGGAGCUGCUGCUGCUGCUCCAGCCCCUGGCCCUGCUGCCCUUCAGCCUCCACCUGCUGUUCCAGCACCGGCUGCAGCAGCAGCGGCAGCACAAGGAACUGCUGCGGGUGUCCCAAGACCUGCUGCUGUCCGCCCACUCAACACUGCAGUUGGCCCGGGCCCGGGACCACGAGGGCCCUGGAGACAUGGACAGGGUGGCCCAUGGGGAGCGGGUGAAGGGUGUGGGUGCCGCAGAAGAAGGAGAGGAAGAAGAGGAAGAGGAGACAGAAGAGGUGCCAGCAGCAUCUGGGGACUCAGCACGUGGCAGGUGGGCCCGAGCUGGGCAGGCUGGCUGGUGGUACCAGCUCAUGCAAAGCUCCCAGGUCUACAUCGAUGGCUCCACUGAGGGCUCUAGGUUCCCUCGUGGUAGUGGUGGCAGUGGCAGCAGCAGUGAGAAAAAGAAAGGAGCAGGAUGUGGAGGGCCAUCCCAGCCCCCACCACCCCGAGAGGGAGUAGUGGAGGGGGCUGAGGCCUGCCCUGCCCCUGAGGAAGCCUUCGGCCGGGAGAGGGGCUGGCCCUUCUGGAUGGGAAGCCCCCCUGACUCUGUGCUGGCUGAGCUGAGGCGCAGUCGCGAGAGGGAAGGUCCCACUGCCCCACCAGCAGAGAAUGAAGAAGGGGCCUCAGAGCCUUCACCUGGGGGCAUCAAGUGGGGACACCUCUUUGGUUCCCGAAAACCUCUGCGGGAGACCCGGCCCACAAACAGGCUCCCCUCAGACUGGCUGAGGCUGGAUAAAGUCCCUCAGACUGGCUGA